AUGGACGCUCCAUCAACACCCGCAACCGCCGACUUCUCUUCGACGCCCCCGAAACGGACCAAAAUUGUCCUUCUUGGCGACCAGAGUGUUGGGAAGACCAGUCUCAUCACCAGAUUCAUGUACGACACGUUUGACAACACCUACCAGGCCACCAUCGGUAUUGACUUCCUGAGCAAGACUAUGUACCUGGAGGACCGGACAGUGCGGUUACAGUUGUGGGACACUGCCGGACAGGAACGCUUCCGUUCACUAAUACCAUCGUACAUUCGAGAUUCGUCUGUAGCUAUAGUCGUGUAUGAUAUCACUAAUCGUCAAUCCUUCCUUUCAACGUCAAAAUGGAUAGACGACGUUCGGUCAGAACGGGGGAACGAUGUCAUCAUUGUACUCGUCGGUAACAAGGCCGAUUUGUCAGAGAAACGCCAAGUCACUAUAGAGGAGGCAACUGCAAAAUCGACACAAAUGAACAUCAUGUUCAUGGAAACGUCAGCAAAAGCUGGACAUAACGUAAAGAGCUUGUUCAAGAAGAUUGCUCUAUCAUUACCUGGGAUGGAGAAAGAAGGCCAAGCAGAUGCUCAGAAUACAAAAAUUGAUGUUACGACACAGCAGGCUGCCGCCGUACCAGAGGCAUCACAGUGCAAUUGUUGA